AUGGAGUUGCCAUUGAGUCAACUUAACUUCUGGACACUUUUGCUGCUGGUGAUGUCAAGCCUCCUACUGUGGGAGAAAGCAGCAGCAAUUCCUGCAUGUCAUACUGAAGAUGGAAGCUGUAGGGAACCACUUGUGGAAACAUUUAACAAUGCCAUUCAUAGAGCUGAAAACAUCCAUAACCUUAUCCAUCAACUACAUGAAGAAUUUUUCUACCAAGAAUUCUCUUCCAGUGAAUUUUCUACUAUUGUUGACCGACUCUAUAGGAGGGAUCAAGCUGCUUUCAUAGCCAGAACUUACUGCCAUCCUAAUAUCACGAACCUUCCAGAUAGGAGAACUGAACACACAAAUAUGAAAACCAAAAAAUAUGUAAAAAUGAUGAUCAAUUUUGUGGGUGCCUGGAUCAACCCUCUCUACCAUCUGGUGGUUGAACUGAGUGCCAUGGAAGGGGUUCCUGAAACUAUCCUUUCAAAAGCCAAUGAGAUCGAAGAGAACAACAGAGACAUCCUGGAUGACCUUAGAUGGAUACUCACCAAGGCCUAUCCUACAGCAAGGAUGAAGGAAGGCUUCCCUACCUGGCAAUAUCUCCCGGUUUUAAAAUCAAAUAACAAAUACUAUAAAUUUUUGGCUAUUUUUAACCUUUCCAAUUGCCUAAAAACUUGUAUAUCCUACACUAUAUAUCAUAUCAGAGAUUUGAAGUGUUUAAUAACAGGGGAAGGUUGCUAA